AAACCACGAAAAAACGUGAAUUCCUGGGUUUCGUGUUGCCUUUGAAGUUCCCCCAGACGUGCAAAACCUCGGAGAUACUUAUCCUCGGCAUUCACGCAUCCCCAAUUCCUAGUGGGUGGGAGAAUAGAGAAGGGUUGUGCGCAGAAUUGUCAGGUAAUAGUACCCGAGAGAAUCUCUCUCUCUUUCUCUCGAGUUUGUGCCAUUGCGCACUGGUAUUUUAUCAUCGCAAUUUCUGUGGUAUUUCCAUGGGGUUACAAACACAAUCGAUAUCUCUGCGUGUUGGUAUUUUUCAAGGGAAAACACGGCAGUACGCCAGUGACACCCGAACAGUGAACACCUGUCGAGUUUUAUUUCAAUUUUUCCACUUAAAUUAAUUCGCAUGUCUGAAUAGACUCGUCCUGGGGGUGCCUGAAUGGAUCAAGAUGAUCCUUAAUUUUUUCCACUGAUAGUUUACCAUUUUUAUAGGUAAAUUUUUCUUGUUGAAUGCCUCUUAUCUCACGAAAAUUGGGGGAAAUAAAUAGUUGGACUCGUCCAGAUCAUCUGAUUGUCCUCCCACCAGGUGCCCAGGCAAUGUGCAACGUUAGAAAAUUUAUUUCAAUAGUUAAAAUUAUAAACGAAGGGUUUUUUCGUAUUAACGGUGAGUUUAGAGAUGUCUUACAAUGAUGGCGGUCGUUCGGUACGUAAAUCAGGCUCAAAAACGCCGAAAAAUUUACGAGUGACGUCUAAUGACAACGGGGGUAGGGCCAUCACCACCAUAAAUACCUACAAUGGACAGAGAAAUUUUGUGGAGGGUCCUCAUCCCUCCGUGCACAAGAGAAAUCUCUACAUCGUGUCUUUUCCCCUCAUUCUCCUGUUCAACGUGCUGAGGACACUUCUGUACCAGUUGUUCAUUGUUUUCAAGUAUAUUUAUGCCUCGACGAGUCAUCUGAUUCAGAGGAGGCACGCAGCUGCCGCUGCCAGGGGUCAGUGUCAUCUGGAGAUUGUUGUUGGAAGUGAGAGGGGUCUUAAGGAGGAGAUUUUGGUGGUGGAUAAGGAGGAGAUGGCGAAUUUACCCAGGAGGUCUGGACCUGGACCUGCUGAUCCACUUCUUGCUAAGCAGAAGCAUCAUCACAGGAGGGCUUUUGAAUUCAUCAGCAAGGCCCUGAAGAUUGAUGAGGAGAAUGAAGGGCACAAAGAGAUGGCAAUAGAGCUGUACAAAAAAGGAAUUGGUGAGCUGGAGAAGGGAGUUGCAGUCGAGUGUUAUGGAGGUCGUGGUGAAGUGUACGAACGUGCUCAGAGGCUGAAUGAAAAAAUGAGAGCGAAUCUCGUAAUGGCUAAAGACAGACUCGACUUUUUGGCAAGUGUUUGUGCACUGAAAAAACUGGAAGUUAAUGAUGAGACACAAGGAAGCGAAGAAACUCCUCAUGAAACAUCUAGUUAUGGGAUUAAUCAUGGGAUUAAUAAUUCGAGGCUGAGAAAAAAUAUUAAAAAUCAUUCACGUACUGUUGAUCAAUUGACUGACGCUAAUAACAGUAGGGAAAAUAAUAAAAUACAUACGACACACAGUACACAGACACAUGUGAGACCGAUGGAGAGGCCAGGGAAAAUUAUAUCACGUCCCUCUGAAGCCUCAGGCCGGAAGUUAGUCCCAGGCAAGCGUCACGCAGGUUCUACAAUCACCAAAAGCCAAACACUCCCCCGAAGCAUGGGUCGAUCCCCAGCAGCCCUCCCCUGUCACAGAACAGCCGCCUUGAAGCCCAAUUCAACCCCUCCCUCCAUUCGUCGUCAGCUCUCAAUUCCCGGCUCUUCCUCCCCAAUCCGUCGUCCAGGCACCCCAGGGAGUUCAACUGCGUCAGCCAGAGGCACGCCUCGAAAGGUUCCCCUGCUGAAAGGAGUGGAUCCCAAACUGGCCCAGGUGAUUCUCGAUGAGAUUCUAGAGGGGAGUGCAGCUGUGCAGUGGGAGGACAUAGCGGGCCAGGAAGUGGCCAAGCAAGCCCUGCAGGAGAUGGUGAUCCUGCCUUCACUGAGACCAGAGCUAUUCACAGGGCUGCGAACCCCUGCCCGAGGAUUGCUCCUCUUCGGUCCCCCUGGCAACGGGAAAACCCUGCUCGCUAGGGCAGUGGCAACCCAGUGCAAUGCCACUUUCUUCAGCAUAUCAGCAGCUAGUUUAACGUCGAAAUACGUCGGGGAAGGGGAGAAACUCGUGAGGGCUUUAUUCGCCAUCGCCAGGGAGCUCCAGCCCUCCGUCAUCUUCAUUGACGAGGUCGACUCGUUAUUGAGUGAACGAAGGGACAACGAGCACGAGGCCUCCAGGAGGCUGAAGACCGAGUUUCUGGUGGAGUUUGAUGGACUCCCCUGCAGCCCCGAUGAGAGAGUUCUGGUGAUGGCUGCCACCAACAGACCGCAGGAGCUCGACGAAGCAGCUCUCAGGAGGUUCAGCAAGAGGGUCUACGUGACUCUGCCUGAUCUUGACACCAGGGUCAUUCUCAUGAAACGUCUGCUGGGGAAGCACAACGAUCCUCUGUGUGAUGAGGAACUCCAGGAGGUGGCUGUCCUCACUGAGGGCUACUCUGGCAGCGAUCUCACUGGACUCGCCAAAGAUGCCGCCCUGGGGCCCAUUCGAGAGCUCAAUCCAGAGCAGGUGAAGGCUCUUGAUCUCAAUCUCGUGAGGAAUAUCACUAUGAAGGAUUUUUUGGACUCUUUGAAGAGGAUCAGGAGGUCUGUUUCACCGAUGAGUCUUGCUGGGUAUGAAAAGUGGAGUCUUGAGUAUGGAGACGUUAGUCUCUGAUUUAUGAAGGGCCCGUUCAAGGGCCGACGUAAUUCUUGAGAAACAAGGGUGAUGAAGAAUUCAAUGAGUCAUUGGUAAUUUUGAGGGGUAAUGGGUCUUCUGUAAUGACUCGUUUUACUACUUUGGUUGUGAAAACAUCACAAAUCCUUUUUAAAAUUUAUGUCGAUGAUAUUUACGCAGUAAUUGAUUACUUAAUGGGAUUAUUAAUUAGGGUCUUGGAGAUUAGACUUUUGGUUUGGGCUCUUGCGACAACGAACGAAUGACUGACGCUUAUGAAAUUAUUUAUUUUCUAGUAGGGAUUUUCUAGGUAUUUAUUGUUCACUUUUUGAUUUUUUUUUUUCCGUGAAGGAUUGGUUGAGGAGUAUUGAGUUGCCAUUAAUUGCGUUCAUUUCCCAGUGAAUUUGUUCAAUUCCAAUUGUUUCUGCAUGCAGGCAUGUAGGGAGUCCCCAUCCCUCAGUAAUGGAGGAAAUUUAUCAUUUGUAAUUGAGUGGAGUAAGGAGUUGUCUCCUUAAUCAACUUCGUUACAGACAAUCUUUGAAUAUAAAUAAUGAUAUUGUAAUUGUACGUCAGCAUUCAAAUUCAAUUGGUCAAGUGAUACUUGACAAAUUAUGAAUGUGAUAUUUUAAACGAAUAAUGUAACUCUAUUAUUCCAAUUAGUAGUCGCUAUUAUUGCUAUGCAACAUAAAAAUGAGUACAAAAUGCAAGGCUGUAACAUAAAUGAAAAAUGUUCAAGUUUUGGUUUGGAAUUUUUGUUAAUUCGAUGCUUCGUAUUUUGAUUGUUGGGAAAAUGGAGUCAAGACUUCCUCGAAUUUUUCAAGAUGAUUAUCAUGUACAUAAGGAACUUUCCAUUUUAUUUCUGCCGAAAAAAAAA